AGUUCUAGCACCCAUACCACAGUUUUUGGAACUUCGGGGACCCAGAACAUCAGCUGUGCACCAUGGCCAACUAUGACUCGCUUGACGACAAGGAUUCUGUCGAUAUUCAUGACAACCCCCCUUUGCCAGAUAAUGUGGUGAAAGAGGAGGAUAACACGGUAUAUUUCAUUUAUGACGAAGAGGUGGAAGUUGAGGAGCGAGACGAGCCACCUCCGCCCGAGUCAAUCAAACCGAUCAAUGACCGGCCGCAUAAAUUCAAGGAUCAUUACUGCAAAAAGCCCAAGUUCUGCGACGUGUGCGCACGCAUGAUUGUUCUGAACAACAAGUUUGCAUUGCGCUGUAAGAACUGCAAAACCAGUAUCCACCACCAGUGUCAGUCCUAUGUGGAGUUCCAGAGGUGCUUUGGCAAAAUUCCUCCAGGGUUUAGGAGAGCGUACAGUUCACCUCUGUACAGCAGCCAGCAGAAUGCUACUGUCUCCCAGCUGUUGCCCUUCUCACUGUCCAAUCGCACUGACCCUGUGUUUGAGACCCUUCGUAUCGGUGUCAUCAUGGCCAACAAGGAGCGCAAAAAGGGUUCCGAGGACAAGAAGAACAUGAUGAUGAUGAUGGAGGAAGAUGAGUCACAGCCCAAACAGCAGGAAAAUGGCGGUGAAGGAACAAGCUCUGAGGGAGACAAACGAGGAGACAAGGCUCCAGCUGAUGACAAAAGUAAAAAGUCUCAGCCAGGAAAGAUCGGCGUUUUCAGUCAGUCUCAUUACUACAUGGCUCUGUACCGCUUCAAGGCCAUCGAGAAAGAUGACCUGGAUGUACACGCUGGCGACCGCAUCGCAGUGAUCGAUGACUCCAAUGAGGAGUGGUGGAGGGGUAAAAUUGGUGAUAGGACGGGCUUCUUCCCAGCCAACUAUAUCAUCAGAGUAAGGGCCGGAGAGAGAGUGUAUAAGGUGACACGCUCGUUUGUUGGCAACAGAGAGAUGGGGCAGAUUACACUGAAGAAAGACCAGAUUGUGGUGAAGAAAGGUGAUGAGGUGAACGGGUACCUGAAGGUCAGCACAGGACGCAAGCUGGGCUUCUUCCCUGCCAACUUACUGCAGGAGAUCUGAUUUUUUUUUUAUGGUCAGUUUGGCCUCUUAUGGAUGUUCAUG